CGGCGCUGCAAUCCAUACAUCUCAACACUUAUCCGAGCGUUCAGCAUGGUAGCUUUUCUCGUCUCGAUUAUAGCCAUUGUGCUUUCAGUGCUCCCUAGCAGCAGCCAUGCGAUCCUGAUCCCUGGCGCAGACAACAACCACGGGUACAAGGUUGCUGUCUCUCACUCUCCUCUAACCGACACCUCACGCAAAGAUCCAUACCGCCCUACUGAAAACCGGAGCGUCAUGGUCAGCCUGUUCAUGCCUGUUCCAAAAGACUCGUGCUCGAAGGAGUGCCAGGUUGCGUACAUGCCGCUCCAGACGGCGAGGAUUGCCAACGAGCAGUUCAUCGUCGGCGGCCAACGCGAUAUAGGCGUCUUUGAAGACAUACAAUAUAGCGUCUGCUGCAAGAGCUCUGCAAGGAUUGACGCCAGCAAGAUCCCAGUCGUGGUGCUGGAAGCGCAUGUCGACACGAGCCGAUUACUGUACUCGACCAUGGCGCGCUUCAUCACUGCCAACGGCGCCGCAGUCGUCCUGGUCGACCACCCCGGCGACACCUCCAUUGUCGAGUUCCCCUCCUCAACCAUCUACAAUAGCGGCACCGUCGCCCUCUCCAACCUGUCUCCUCUGACAGCAUGGAACGGCACCGUUUCCAAAGCGCUCGAAACGCGUACUCUAGACAUCCGCUUUGUCCUCUCGCAGCUCGCAUCCCCUUCUCUCCUCCCAACCCAAUUCCCCAGCUUCACUUUCUCCUCCGCCCUCAACACAACUUCCCACGGCAUCCUGGGCCACGGUCUCGGCGGCACCGUCGCAACCUCGUUCGGCACCAGCGCCAACGCAAGCAGCAGCAGCACACUCGUCAGCAUCAACCUCUCCGGCACCCCGCCUCUCCUCACGCACCGCAUCAACAACCCGCCUCUCUUCUUCUUCGGCCGCCAAGACUUCCGCCGCGAAAACGACAUCCACUGGCCCCGCACCUGGCGCCAACUCACGGGCCAAUCCACCGAAUUCGAUCUCAACGACUCGGCCAUCUUCGACGUAUCCGAUGUCCCCGUCAUCGUCGAACUAGCGCGCAACGAGGGCGGCAAGAAGAAUGUCGUUGCCAGGGGAUUAAGUGCGUAUGCCCCCGUCCAGGGCACGCAUGCUGUCACCUGCUUUGUGGAGAAUAUCGUCAAGAUGAAAAUGCGGCUUGCGGCGCAGAACCGUGAUUUGGGCGAUUGUGUGCGGAUGUUUGAGGGCGUGGUGCCGUAUCCGGGGGUUUGA